AUGUCGGAACUAGCACGUGAAGACGAAGCGGGACAGGCCGCGUAUCGUGAGAUCACUACCAGCAUCUGUGAGGAUGAACGCAUGGUGCCCGAGUUUGUCGAAGAACUCAUAGCCCACCCUGUGUCGUACCCGUCGGCGAUAUCUCCUGAUCCAGAACCGAGCCCCAGUUUAGCCGUACAGAAACCGGAGACACUACCCCCUAUCGAUCCUGCCUACCGGGUGCUCUUACCCAUACUACAUGAACUCGACGAAAUGACAAUCAAUCCUCGAUGUCGCACGAUUGCAGAGGAACACCAGGACGAGGACUAUUCCCAAUUCUGGGAAAUAUUCAGUCAAGUCUCUGCGAAGGAAAUCCUUGACGCAGUCUAUGCUAUCCGAGCUGGAGUCUUGGACAUCCCCGCCGACCCCUGCAGUCGUGACGAUUCGUUCUUGCUAACGACGCUUUUUGUUUUAUGGGCUGGUAGCGCAACACUAUUGUCGAUGUAUCUCUACUUCUGUCACCUUUGGUGA